AUGUUGUCGCUGGCCAACAACAAGAGCUACAGCGGAUUUGUCGGCCCAUACUCAAGCAUCACUCUGACCGCAUAUACCCAGUCACCCCGUGUCUAUCGCGAGUCUGCCCUCCGCCAAACGCAUGAUUGCUCUUCACCCGAUGCUGACGUCUAUCUUUGUGACCCCUCCGACGCUGCUUUAAUCUCACCUCUUCCUGCUGCUGAAAACGACCGCCUCUGUGCCAAUGAGUCCCCAUCUUUUACAAGUAAUCAGCAAAGUAUUAAGGAUCUCAAGCUUAUGCCAAUCUUGAAUCCCUCUCCCAGAACUCCGUUUGAGAAACUUUUCAGCUCGUCGCCAAGUUGCUUCUGGGCUGUGGGAUGCUCUUCUAUAUCUCCCGUUUUUCGCCACAUGUCGCCCAGCUCCCACUCUGUGCAUGAGUAUUCUCAACAUGGAGGGGAGAUUUCUUCUGCAAAACGAUUGCAAUCGCUGGCUGACUAUCAAAUGUCGCACAAUCAGCGUGUAACCAACGACGGGGUACCUGUGGCUUCUCAGGUGUCACCUUUCUCAUCUAGCCUGUCGUCGCUGUCUGCAACCUCCUCCACGUAUGAACCUUCUGAAUGCAGCCAAGCAUCACCAAUCCCUCUGGAGUCACAUCGUCGUCCGUCUCCCAGUCGUAUUUCAAGUGUCAAAGCCGGAGAGACGUCGCUGCCGACUCGUCAGAACGAGUCCCGUUACACUAGACCACGGAGACACGCUGAGAUCUCCCGUCAGUCCUGCGAACACAAUGCAAGUCGGGAGGUUACGUCUACAAAACGCAAGCGUGGUCAGACUCAAUUCGUACCUACGAUAAAGAAACGACGCAUAUACCGAGGCCCUGAGCCAUCUUCGGAUUCCGAGUCUGAGUCACCGAUCACGUCAGAACCACCAUCCUAUCCUCAUCGUACCUUCCCCCUUUCUGUGCAAAUUCAUCCAGAGUUUUUGCUUUUCUAUAGAAGGUUCCCCGUUAGUUCAUUCAGAGAAGAAGGGGCUGAUCGACAUCUGACGUGUAAAUGGCUCUCGGAUGCUACCUAUAAUUCGCCCCGCCAUGAGCUGGAUCUAUAUACCCCACGAUUUGUGAAAGGAAAGGGUACCACCAAGGUUGGUCUUUGUCCCUGCUGUUGCGAGAGCGCCUUACGAGGUGGGGAGGGCAAGAAAUUAUGGCUUUCCAUGAAGUUCUCUGCAUUUAAGUGUACAGGAAAACAAGAGAAGACCGAGAUUAUACAAGGAAAGUGUCAUAAGUGUUUAAAAUGGAUUGCCGUUGAGGGUAUCAAGGAUGUUCCCACAAAAGUCAAGGAGAUUUACUGGUGGAAGCAUGCUGCGACAUGCCAUCAGGGCUCUAUCAUUGAGGGCGAAUGCGACAUCUACCUAGAGGACGACUUCUACGAUGCACUUCGCGAGACGGACUGUUUAGGGGUAGCAUAG